AUGAGGGAACCAAUAUCACCGUAUCAUCGGUUAGCAGUCACCUUGCGAUGUUUAGCUAGUGGAAAUACGUUUGAAGACCUGAAAUUCCUCACGGCUAUUACUCCACAAACAAUCGGAAAAAUUGUAAUUGAAACGUGCGAAGCGAUAAAUCAAGUGCUUAAAAAUUGCAUAAAGCUUCCAAACAAUAGUGAUGAAUGGAAAGCAGAAGCAUAUGAUUCUAGCAAAAUGUGGAACUUUCCUCACUGCAUCGGUGCCAUUGACGGCAAGCAUGUGAACAUUGUAAAGCCCCCUGGAUCAGUUGUCAACGCAAAUUAUCAAUUUUUAAUGGUUCAUGUCGGUGCAAAUGGUAGGGCGUCAGAUGCUGGGCUCCUUAACGAUUUGGAAAUGUUGGAGAAGUUGAAGAAAAAUGAGUUAUGCAUUCCUGAUCCGGAACCAUUGCCAGGCUUAAGUUCAAACAUGCCAUAUGUGUUUGUAGGUGAUGAUGCUUUCCCAUUGAUGGAAAAUUUAAUGAAGCCAUACAGUCACACGACUAUGAAAAGAGAGGAAAUUAUAUUCAACUAUCGCUUAUCGCGUGCCAGAAGAAUAGUUGAAAACACCUUUGGCAUUUUGGCUUCAAGGUUCAGGAUACUAUUGAAAACAAUCAACCUUUCGCCUGAGAAAGUAACAACUAUCGUGCUAACCUGCUGUUAUCUACACAACUUUUUACGAGAAAGAAAAGUUUAUCGUAAUAAUAGAAUGACAGAUGGACUAGAAUUUUCCGAACCAAGCUCCGAUGAAAAUAAUCUGGAUAACUUAACUCCCACUACAAUAAGGAAUGCAAGCAAUCUCGCAAAGGAAGUCAGAGAUAAAUUUUGUGAAUAUUUUAACACAGUAGGAACUGUGCCAUGGCAAAAUAAAAUAUGCAAACAGUAA